CACAACUAUUUUCAUGACAAUAGCAGCCAGCUCUUUCAGUCUCACAUGCCAACAAAAACAACUUGUCUGUCCUCACAAGUAUCUGAUGAUGAACAGAAACAAAAAAAGGGAAAUAUUCGUUCUUUAACUAUGUCUGGCCAUGUUGGCUUUGAGAGUUUGCCUGAUCAGCUGGUCAACAGAUCCAUUCAGCAAGGCUUCUGUUUUAAUAUUCUCUGUGUGGGAGAGACUGGAAUUGGAAAAUCAACUCUGAUUGACACAUUGUUUAAUACUAAUUUUGAAGACCAGGAGUCCUCACAUUUUUGCCCACAUGUUAGACUUAAAGCCCAGACAUAUGAACUCCAUGAAAGUAAUGUUCGAUUGAAAUUGACCAUCGUGAAUACAGUAGGAUUUGGUGACCAAAUAAACAAAGAAGAGAGCUACCAACCGAUAGUUGACUACAUAGAUGCUCAGUUUGAGGCCUAUCUCCAAGAGGAGCUGAAGAUCAAGCGCUCUCUCUUUAACUACCAUGAUUCUCGAAUCCACGUGUGCCUCUAUUUCAUCUCACCUACAGGUCACUCUCUGAAGACACUGGAUCUCUUAACAAUGAAGAGCCUUGACAGCAAGGUAAACAUUAUACCAGUGAUUGCCAAAGCAGAUGCAAUUUCUAAAGCUGAAUUACAGAAGUUUAAGAUUAAGCUCAUGAGUGAAUUGGUUAGCAACGGUGUCCAGAUAUAUCAGUUCCCAACAGAUGAUGAAACUAUUGCUAAAAUCAAUGCUUCAAUGAAUGGACAUUUGCCAUUUGCUGUUGUAGGAAGUAUGGAUGAGGUAAAAGUUGGAAAUAAGAUGGUCAAAGCUCGCCAGUACCCUUGGGGUGUGGUACAAGUGGAAAAUGAAAACCACUGUGACUUUGUAAAGCUCCGGGAAAUGCUCAUUUGUACCAACAUGGAAGAUCUGCGUGAACAGACCCACAUGAGGCAUUAUGAACUUUAUAGACGGUGUAAACUGGAGGAAAUGGGCUUUACAGACCUGGGCCCAGAGAACCAGCCACUCAGUCUUCAAGAGACCUAUGAAGCCAAAAGACAUGAAUUUUAUGGUGAACGUCAGAGGAAGGAAGAAGAAAUGAAGCAGAUGUUUGUGCAGCGAGUAAAGGAAAAAGAAGCCAUACUGAAAGAAGCUGAGAGAGAGCUACAGGCCAAGUUUGAGCACCUUAAAAGAGUUCACCAAGAAGAGAGAAUGAAGCUUGAAGAGAAGAGAAGACUCUUGGAAGAAGAAAUAAUUGCUUUCUCAAAGAAGAAAGCUACUUCAGAGAUAUACCAAAGCCAGUCCUACAUGGCAUCAGGCAGCAACCUGAGGAAAGACAAGGACCGUAAGAAGGAACCAGGCUAUCGAUUCGAACUCCUGUGCUUUGAUGUCAGAGCUUGUGAAACCAAUGGUGGACGUAAAGAUGCAGAGGAAGCUCCAAUUUUAUGUAAAACAAAGGUUCCAGAUCACAGAAGGUCAUCACAAGCAAAAGUUAUUAAAAUGUUAGAAGUAUGCUUUGAUUUUCUUGCUGUUUUUAUUUGCUGUAUCACUUAUUCUAUAUCUGGCAAAUGGCUGUAGUUACUGCCAUUUAUGGAAAAAUAUUUUUAAGUAUAAGGUUAAUACAUAAGCCACAGUGGAUGAUACCACUUUUAUAUUCACUGUUGUUAGAAGUUUCCAAGUUGCUGGUUUGUGAUGAAUCUAGAUUGUUUUCCUGCUGCCCAGUUAUUAUUACUUAUAUGCAUUGUACCACAGAGCAAAGUGUCAGUGCCAUUGAAAAUACAGAAGUCAUUCAUUUUAUGGCUAUCUGAUUGCAUUUAUAUUCCAAGAUGAACUCCUUUUUUGUACAUACUAAAGGUAAAAUUUGGGGGAUAUGUUUUAAAAUGUACUGUGUAUCUGAAGCUCUAACCUCUUAAUAGUUUCAUGAAACUUAAAAAAUUUUUGAUAUCAUUAUCCAGUUGGUAACACAAUCCUAAACUUUUUUUAUCAAAUUGUGUAAAAUUGGCACAAUAAGGCACUUCAUUGAGGCAUUCAAUAAGGCAUUCAAUAAGGCACAAUGAAGUGCCUUAUUGUGGUAGAUGUAUUGUGAUGAAAAAAAGAUGUGUUUAAAAGUAAAAGCUUCUGGAUAAUAAAUCCUUUUUUUAGUGAUGAGUACCUUUGAGCCUGGGAUAUUCCCACUCUAUUUCAUUAGGAUGUUUUACACACUUGUUGUUUAAAACUCUGUCUUCCAGGGGAAAAAUCAUAAGGUUGAAUCAUCUUAUUAAAAAUAUUUCUUAAGAAAAUAACUGUGAGCAACUGAACAUUAAAGAUAUUAAAAUUUAGAUAAUUCAUAUAUUAAGUUAUAGUUGAAUUCAGUGCCUUUGUAGUAUUCUUAUAACAAUUUAAUGCCUUCUAACUUUUUCUUAACAGUCAUAGGUAUAUAAUUUUUCAUUUUUUGUACUUGAAUAUCCUAAAUAAACUUGGCAUUUACUUUUGACAAAUAAAAUAUAUUUACUAAUA